GCGGAGACCUUCCUCCUCUAUUCUUGGGCCAAGAACAGCAGCCCGCCAUUGAUCACGCCACAUUUCUCUCCCUCUCACCACCACCCUCCCUCCCACACGCUCCUGAAUUCUCUCUCCCCGCCAUCCUCGCCCACGCGCGCGCGCCCCUGAAUCCUCUGCGUCUCCGGGGUUGCGCGCGCGCUCUCGCCCUUCCCUGCCACCGUCCUCCCUCUGGACAAAACAACGUGGUGCCAGCCAGCCUGACCUCCUCGCGCGCGCCAAACCAACCAGCUUCGUGGCUGCGCCAUCGCCGCAUCCGCCCGCCGUCGUCAAGCCGUGGCGCCGGCAGGCUGGCUCCCCGGCACCGCGGGCCUGGACAUGGCCGGAGCGCCACCCCUCCCGGCGCGCCUCCUGCUGAUCGCCGUCUGCCUCGUCCUGCUCCCCGCCGCCCACGCCGCGCGCCAGCUCGCUUCUGCUAGCUCCGACCCCGCCGCCGACGCGCUGCUCAAGUUCAAGGAAGGCAUCACGGACGACAACGGCGCCCUCAAGACCUGGUUGCCCGGCACGCGCCCCUGCGAAGGCAGCGCCUCCAACUGGGCCGGCGUCAUCUGCCACAAGGGCGACGUCACGGGCCUGCAGAUGGAGAACAUGGGCCUGUCCGGCAAGCUCGACCUCAGCCCGCUGAAGCCACUCGAGGUCCUUCGCUCGGUGAGCUUCAUGGACAACCAGUUCGCCGGCCCGAUGCCCGACGUCAAGGUGCUCAGCGGCCUCCGCGCCGUCUUCCUAUCCGGGAACAAAUUCUCCGGGGUGAUCCCCGCCGACGCGUUCGACGGGAUGGGCUCGCUCAAGAAGGUGGUCUUGGCCAAGAACAACUUCUCCGGUCCCAUCCCGGCCUCCCUCGCCGACGUGCCCAAGCUGCUCGACGUGCUGCUCAACGAUAACAAGUUCCAGGGGAAAAUCCCUGACCUCGGGCAGAAGGAACUGCAGGUCUUCAAUGUCGCAAACAAUGAGCUGGAGGGGGAGAUUCCGCCGAGCCUCAAGUCCAUGCCUGCCGACAUGUUUGCCGGCAAUAAGAAUCUCUGCGGGGGAUCACUUGACACGAAAUGCGCCGCUCCACCGACGUCUCCGCCGCCGGCUCCGGCUAAACCGGGAACAGCUCCAUCGCCUUCGCCACCGGUGUCCGGAAAAGGCGGACCGCCGCCUUCGCCACCGGCAUCGGGCAAAGGCGGACCCCCUCCGUCACCACCGGCGACCCCGGCGGCUCCCAAAACGACGGGCCCGCUGCCAGAGGAGGCCACAGCACAAGAUCUGCCCGUGGAACCCACCGACGGCUCAACGUCCUCGGGCAUCCUGGUGGCGUGCCUCGGUGUGAUGGCCAUCUUGGGCUUUUUGGUCAUGGUGAUGCAGAGGCGGCGUCGAGAGAGCAACACCGAGAACUUCGGCCCGGCCAUCUCGAAGAAGCCGUCGAUGAAGAAGAUGAACGCGGAGCCGGCGAAGGUUGACGCUGCGCGCGUGGAUCCGCAGGUCGCUGCGCAGGGUGCCGCAGCCGCCGCCGGCGCUGCUGCCGCGGUGGCCGGAGGCGCGGGAAGCACGACGACGCGCAAGGCGGCGGAGCAGGGGCGGCUGACGUUCGUGCGCGAGGACCGGGGCAGGUUCUUCGAGCUGCAGGACCUGCUGAAGGCGACGGCGGAGGUGCUGGGCGGCAACGCGGGCGCCAACCUGGGCGUGUGCUACCGCGCCAGCCUGACCGGCGGGCAGUCCAUCGUGGUGAAGCGGUUCAAGGAGAUGAACCGCGUGGGCAGGGAGGACUUCGAGGAGCACAUGCGGCGGCUGGGCCGUCUGUCCCACCCCAACCUCCUCCCGCUCGUCUCCUACUACUACCGCAAGGAGGAGAAGCUCCUGAUGCACGACUUCGUCCCCAACAAGAGCCUCGCCCACCUCCUCCACGGCGAGGGCCGCGGGGUGAAGAAGGCGGUGGUGCACUGGACGCCGCGGCUCAAGAUCAUCAAGGGCGUGGCCAGCGCGCUGAACUACAUGUACGACGAGCUGCCGAUGCUGACGGUGCCGCACGGCCACCUCAAGUCGUCAAAUAUCCUGCUCGACGACGAAUUCCAGCCCCUGCUCACCGACUACGCGCUGGUGCCGGUGAUGAACCAGUCGCACGCCGCGCAGCUCAUGGUGGCGUUCAAGGCCCCCGAGCGGAAGCAGUUCGGAAAGUCGUCCAAGAAGAGCGACGUCUGGUGCCUCGGACUCCUCAUCCUCGAGAUCGUCACGGGGAAGCCGCCAUCGUACGACGUGAAGGCGGCGGCCACGUCCUCGCCGGAGCACGAGCAGCAGAAGCAGAAGCCGUCGGCGGGCAACGACCUCGUGGGCCUCGUGGCGUCAACGCCGGAGGAGGAGUGGCUGACGACGGUGGUGGACGGUGACCUCAAGUUAGAGGAUGAGGCGGACAAGGAGGAGGUGGUGAAGCUGAUCAAGAUCGGCAUGGCGUGCUGCGAGGGCAGCGUGGAGACCCGAUGGGAGCUCAAGAACGCUGUGGACGGAAUCACGGAGCUCAAGGGCAAAGAACGCGCCGACAACGAGGACAACUCCUUCUACUCGUCGCUGAGCGAUGGCGCCGAGCGCGACGAGGACUUCACAAAUGUGUCCAUCCACUGAUUCAUCCUUGGAUUACACGAUCGGACUAAGCGUGCUUCGUGUAGUACGUACUGAUGUGUACUCUACCUUAAUUUGAUGUUCAGUGGUAGCAUUAAUUUGGUAAUUCAAUCUUCUCUCAGUUAUCAAUC